UAUUGAAGGAAGAAACUAACGUCGACUGAACUAACCAUGAUACUUAAAUUAAGCUUAAUGUUUUAUUUAUUAUUUGUAAGCUAUUGCUUCUGCGAAGAAUGCUCUCUUCACUACAAACCAAUCCCGGAAAGUAAAAAGCAGCUUCUCAAUAGAAUAUCUUUGUUAAACAGUCAAAGGUUUGUGGUUGUUGACAAAGGUUUCACAUAUGCUGUUACGAUUUGUAGUGAAGUUUCCAAAAAUUAUCCAAAUGCUGCUGCAGCUAGAAGUUUUAACACAGAUAAAAAUACAACAGUUAUCGGUCGUUUGAAUGACACACACAUCGUCGGUGGAAGUGAUUGGAUCCUACUCACCUACGCCAGUGGAGAUGUCCUUAACCACACGGACCACGGUCAUAACAAGUCAAUCACCACUUCACUCAUGAUAACCUGCAACCGGGAGUCUGAUCAGACUUUGUUCUUACUGGAGGAUGACGACAUAGAGGGAGAUUGUCAAGUAACUUUCAGCCUAAGGACCUCCGUAGUUUGCCCUAACAAUCCUAAAGGACUGAGUGGAGGUUCUGUCUUCUGUGUUUUGCUGCUCACUGGCGCAAUGAUGUACCUGAUUAUCGGGGUCGCAUAUCGGCGCAUCAUGACUGGAGCACAAGGACUUGAGCAGAUACCCAACUAUCACUUCUGGCGCAACUUGGGCAACUUACAAGCGGAUGGUUGUGACUUUGUGUGCCGCAAGGGCGCAGGGCGAGACGAACCGUGGAAUCGUAUUACAAGCAACUUCAACGACCCAGCUGACGAGCCGUUAUUGCACCCUUAAAACAUUCUGACUUUCAAUAAGAUUUGGCGUUAGCCGUUUCUCAACUAAAAAUACCAAAAUACUUUAUAAUCUUGACCAUAGCUUACUCAAUGUAUAUAUUAUUUCAUCUUCUCAAGUUCUCAAGUCAUCGAACGGUUGGAACAAAUUGAAUGGUUGUUAAUUUAAAUAAACCAUAUUUUUCUUUUCUUUUUAUAUUAUUUCCAGGUUUAGUAUAGAUUUUAGUUAACGUUAUGUUCAUAGAUUUUAUGAAAAAUGACUUUUUGUUAACAAAAUUGGUUUUCCACUAAUUACGAUGGAUAAACAAUAUUUAAGGCAACUAGUCUUAAAUAACAUCAAAGGUUGUAGAAACAUUGCAUUGACAAAUUUUUCUUUUAUAUUACCGGUAUUGUAAAAUGUGAUCAACUUUAAAAAAAAAAUAUUUGGUCUUGUAACCUAUGUUUGCCAAAUAUAAUAUGUAAGCCGUAUUGUACAGUUUUCGCUAUAUCUUCAAGCAUUUCUGUCUGUUUUGAGUUCCUGUAGUUUAUGUUUAUAUUGCUGUAAACAUAAGGCAUAAGUCUGGUUUUCUGUGAUCUAUGAUUGAUUUAUUUAUAAGCUUUUUGCUUAACUGUGAUUUAAGUUUUAAGUUAUAUCUGAAUAAACAUUAUUUUUAAUUUAA